AUGCGGAGACAGAUCCUUCCAUACGCCCAGGAGAUUCUCUACGAUGACGAGAUUCCGCAAGAGUGUCUUCAGAGUUUUCUAAGGAUCGCCUCAGGGCUGAACGACGGAAAAGUAUGGGCAAUGAGAUUCUUGGACUCUUCUGGCGGUAUCCUACCCGGCAUGCUCGAUGGCCGUGGCGCUUCAUUGGGCAGCUACGACCAGUGUCUACGGAUUCGAGCACCCGAGAAAAAUGAUCCAAAGAAGGUCGCCUUCGCAGGUCAAUACUGCACAGCUUCAAUCCUGAUGAGACGACAACCGCUCUUACACAGGACUCUCCCCAGCUUCAUCCAGCAGGACCCGAGAAUUUGGGGACUCUUCGGCGGAGGGAAUGUGUCUUAUGUCCUGGACCUCGUAGAGAGAUCUCCUAUUGGAUACCGCGUGGGAAUAUGUCUGCCAUCAACUUGCGAUUCCUCUAUCAUUUCUCAUCUAGCAAAGAAAUUCGUCGGGAAAUACGGAAUUAGCGCGGAUGUUCUAGGAUGCAGGGAUCAAAUCAAAGAACGACCAGCGAGCACCGGCACCGUAAUAUGUGGAGUCGUAAUCGGAAUCUUGACUGGCCUGCUAAUACUGGGCACCGUGGUUGACAUUUUCUGCGGCAACGAUACACGAGGUCUCGUUCGAGUCGCUCGAUGUUUUUCGGCCCGCGCAAACUACCUGAGGUUCACCAAUACCACCCUGACGCCCGAAUCGAGGAGAUUAGAUUGUUUGCACGGGAUUCGAGCCCUGAGCGCACUGUGGAUUCUCUACGCCCAUGUUUGCCUGAAAGACUGGGGCAAUGUGGAUGGCAUCCUGACCCUCCUCUGGAUGUUCAAAUCCCCAUCCGGCGUGAUAUUGAAUCAGUUCGUAUUGGCCUUGGAGACAUUCUUCACACUUCUCGGCUUUUCAUUGUACAGGCUUGUCACCCAAGAGCGGAAGCGAAAUAAUAUGCCUGCAUUGAAGCUCGCGUUGAAAGUGAUCCUGCGUCGUGCAGUCAGGUACAUUGUUACGGGCAUGGGAGCCAUGGCCGUAUUCUAUGUUCUGCCUCUCAUUACUUCGGGACCAGGCAUCGACUAUAUGUAUCCGUACCUUGAGGACUUUUGUAAUGCGAGAUGGUGGUCGUAUCCCAUUUUCAUAAACAAUUUGUGGACAAUUCAAGACAUCUGCGUCGAGAACCAGUGGUACACCGCAGCAGAUAUGCAGAUUGUUUGCAUACUCAUUCUACCCAUCUGUUUGCUAAUCCGGGAGCCAGGCAAGGGCAUCCGAAUCCUUCUAUAUCUUGUCGGGGGCUCGAUGGUGUACGCUGCGAGUCUGACGUAUUACUAUGGCGCGUCUCCGAUAUUUUUGCUGCUACCGAACCAAGCAAUAGCGUCAUUGCAAUUGCUAUCCCACCUGCACAACCAUAGCCUCGCCCACCUGAGCCCGGCAGCCGUCGGUGUCCUCGGUGGAUAUCUCAUCGACAAAUAUAGAGAGAUCGAUCUCGGGAAAACUGUGUACAGAGCCGGUUGGAUCUUAUACAGUGCUGUCAUAAUCGCUUUCGGAAUGGGCUUAAUCCGCUGGUUUCUGAGCCGUCCGAAUUUCAUCGUCCUCAGUCGAUUAUCCUUGAGCUUUUACCUGAUGCAGUGGCCGGCCCUGUGGCUUUCCAUGUUCUCCACACGGAAUCCGUAUUCCGCCUCUCAUUACCAGCAU